UUCAAAGUCUUGGUGUGGCUUUCUACCGAGGUGCUGAUUGUUGCGUCCUUGUUUAUGACGUGAACGUCAUGAAAUCUUUUGAAAACCUUAACCAUUGGAGAGAAGAAUUUCUCAUUCAGGCUAGUCCAUCUGACCCUGAAAACUUUCCUUUUGUUGUCUUGGGAAACAAAAUCGAUGUUGAUGGUGGAAAUAGCAGAGUUAUUUCUGAGAAGAAAGCAAAGGCAUGGUGUGCUUCAAAGGGAAACAUACCAUACUUUGAGACAUCUGCAAAAGAAGGAUUUAAUGUUGAAGCUGCUUUCCAGUGUAUAGCAAAAAAUGCACUCAAGAAUGAACCUGAAGAAGAAAUGUAUCUGCCUGACACAAUCGAUGUCGGAAGUGGUGGCCGACAACAGAGAUCGACUGGCUGUGAAUGUUGAGUAAAGAGAACUGUGAACCACCAGGUUUACCAGCUUGUUUGAUGCCAACAUAGAAGUAUUUUAUUUACAAUGUAAAACCAAGGACAAAUUGCAAAUUCCAUUUUGUAUCUCACUAGUGGGGUAGAAUGUUUUUUAUUUUUCUUUUUUAUUUCCCUUGAUCUCAAAUGUUAAACAAUGUCUCUAAAUUAGGAAAUGCAUACUGAAAAAAUAGUGUGCUUUUGGGAGUUAUUGCAUUGAUGUUAGUUUAGUUUGGCUUUGGAUUAUGUAUUAAAUGUUGAAUAGUGGUGUAUAGUAUUCCCUGAUAGGGAUGGAAAUAGGUUAGACGAAGAUAGAAACCUGCAAUUAAGUCUA